UGGUGAUUUUUGAUUUGGAACUAGAAACAAUCUCAAACCUUGCAAAUGUGUUGAUGCAAUUGCGUGAAAAAUAGUUAAUUUAAGUGUUAGAAAUGGGGAAAUUGAACGUAACAAUAAUGCGUUACCUCACCGGUGAGGAUUUCCGGGUUCUAACAGCGAUUGAGAUGGGCAUGAAAAACCACGAAUUGGUUCCGGGCCCCAUGGCUGCGUCCAUUGCGAAUUUGCAGCACGGCGGUGUUCACAAAUUGCUGCGUGAUUUGUGCAAGCACGGAUUAUUGAGUUACGAGCGGGGGCGCAAAUACGAUGGUUACCGCUUGACCAACAUGGGGUAUGACUAUCUGGCCCUCCAUUCGUUAACAAAACGCGACGUUAUUGGUUCUUUUGGAAAUCAGAUUGGGGUGGGGAAGGAGAGUAAUAUUUAUAUUGUUGCAAAUCCUGAAGGAGAGGAAGUUUGUUUGAAGUUGCAUAGAUUGGGACGAGUGUGUUUCCGGAAUGUUACGAAUAAACGAGAUUAUCACAAGCACAGAAAAUCGGCGUCUUGGUUGUACUUAUCAAGAAUUUCAGCCACUAAAGAAUUUGCUUACAUGAAGGCGCUGUAUGAUAGGAAGUUUCCAGUCCCUAAACCCAUUGAUUUUAAUAGACAUUGUGUCAUCAUGGAGUUGGUCAAAGGGCGGCCCUUGUGUCACGUAAUGGAAUUAAAUGACGUGGAGGCGCUUUACGAUGAAUUAAUGAAUCUUAUUGUUAAGUUUGCCGAUAGUGGAGUGAUUCAUGGUGAUUUCAAUGAGUUUAACAUAAUGAUAAAAGACGAUGAGAAACCUGUAAUAAUUGAUUUCCCUCAAAUGAUGUCAACAGCUCAUGAAAACGCUGAAAUGUAUUUUAAUAGGGACGUUAACUGUAUUAAAACUUUCUUUAAAAAACGAUUUGGUUAUGAGAGCGAAUUAUACCCAAAAUUCAGCGAUAUCGAAAGAACGGAUGCUCUAGACGCUGAGGUUUUGUGUUCAGGGUUUACGAAAGACAUGGCUAAAGAUAUUAACCGAGAAUUGGGUAUCGAUGAAGAAACUGGGAGCGAAGACGAAGAGGAAUCACAAGAUACUGAAGAAAAAUGCACAGUCGAUUCAAUUUUUGAUCAGUUGAAACUCCAAGAUCGCGAAACCCAAUCAGAUAGUGAAUCAAUUGAUUCGUUUGAUAGAUUUGAAAGUGGAAGUGUGAGGUCUUGCGCGACCACGAUCCACCCAGAUGAAAUCAGAAGUCGCGUCAAAAAACAAAUCGUAAGUAGGGAAAAGAAGACUCAAAGGAAGAAAUGUGUAGCUAAGGGCGAAGCUAGCGCCACUACAAGGGUCCGAAGGGAGAAUAACGAUACCAUUAAACAGAGCAAAGGACUGUGGGGAUGGGAAUGAAAUUCAAGAGUUAUAAUUUAAUUUUAAUUUAAUAAAAGUUUGUCUAUUAGAAAACAA